UAAACGCUCUAAGGUGACUGGCAGGCUGAGGGCACCACUACGAAUUUCCGCUCCUUCUAGCGCAGACUCCUAGCGUUCCAACGUUCCCCCUCCCACUUACCGACCAAGGCGAAGUUCUGAUUGGGUACUCUUCCUCAGAGCCAUCCAGCAACCCACAAUCCUUUGAGGUCUCACCCCUCCCACUUUGAACCCGCCCUACCAGACCCGGCCAAUCGAGCGCGGCUCUCUCAUGACUAUGGUCUCCUAGUCCUGCCUUCCCAUGUGGGUUUCCCCGGAGUGAAGUGAAGGUAGCUUUCUGGAGGCCGGGAACAGUGGAAAAAUUCUUCCAGGUACGCCCAAUGCCUCUGAAGAGGCAAUUGAGGUUUUCCAACAGGAUUCACUGAUUCCUGCCCUUUCCCAAUGGCAUCACUGGUGGCCAAAGACUCCUACCUGCAGAAUCUAGCCAAGAAAAUCUGUUCCCAGCAGAGUGUGGAACCACAGAAACGGAAAUGGGCUCCCAAAUCUGGUGAUCUAGAAACCACUGGACCUCCAAAGAAGAAGAAGAAGAAGAAGGAGAAGAAGGAGCAGAAAAAGAAAUCCCAGAAGCAGGAUGGAAAGGCCAACAGGAUCCAGAAUAAGUCCUCUGACAGUAAAUCUGAAGCUCCUAGAGCCAAGAACCCUGCCAUCACAAGGGAGCAGGCAGGUUCCAGGCCCAAUGGAGGCCCCACAGUUGUUCCUGCCAGCAAGCCAGUCUCCUUCCUAGCCAUGGAUAUUCUGCGCCAGCGGCUGCAUGAGAAAAUAAAGGAGGCUAGUGGUCAGGGCCACACCAAAGAGCUGUCUCCUGCAGCCCUGGAGAAGAGGCAGCGGAGAAAGCAGGAGCGGGAGAGGAAGAAGCGGAAACGCAAGGAGAUCAGGGCCAAGGAGAAGGCGGCCAAGGCCGAAGCUCAAGCCGAAGCCAAGGAGGCUGGCCCAGAGCCCCCACAGGAGGAUCAACCAAAUACUCCCGAACUGGUGUUCAACAAAUUGGAGGUGAAUGAGGGGCCAGUCAGCAAGGCCCAGAAGAAGAAAGAAAAGAGGCAACGUGUGAAGGGGAACCUGACCCCUCUGACGGGGAAAAACUACCGACAGCUGUUGGAGCGUGUGCAGGCCCGCAAGAACAAGCUUGAGGAGCUGAAGGAGCAGGAUGAGGAGAAGGCGGAGAUGGAAACCAAAAUGAAGUGGACAAAUCUUCUGUACAAGGCUGAAGGUGUGAAAAUCCGGGACAAUGAAGAGCUGCUGAAGGCAGCCUUGAAACGCAAGGAGAAGCGCCGGGCCCAGAGGAAGCGGCAGUGGGAGAAGCGCACGGCCCAUGUGGUGGAGAAGAUGCAGCAGCGGCAGGACAAGCGACGCAAGAACCUGCGCAAGAAGAAGGUGGCCAAGAUGGAGCGUCGCAAGGCCAAGGCUCGCAAGAAGGGCCGCAUCCUACCUGAGGACCUAGAGAAGGCCGGCCUCAACUGAGGGGUGGCGAGACUGCCACACUCCAAAUCUGUUCUCCCCAAGGGCAGCCGGGCAUCUCCUUCUGGCUCUGUAUUCCCGCCUAUGGUUGCCCCACACAGCAGAGAGAAAGUCUCGUGUUAGUGUCUGCUCUGUGUGGGACACCAGUCCAGGAAAUGGAGAGUCAGUGAGAAAAACUGAACGCAGUCUGUCUUCCAGGAGUCUCCUAAGACACAGCUCAAAUCUUCCAAAAAGCCUUUGGCUUAAUGCUGUCCUAGCUCUCCAUGCCCAGGGAUGUCUUCUGGUAUCUAUUUUCCUUCCCUUCUCCCCCUCCAUUCCCCACUUUCCACUAACCCUCAGCCCAUCUCUAGGGCCUCUGAGCUAGAUGACAUAAGAGCCCAACAUCUGGCUCAGCAGGACACAGUGCCCAAAAUGGUGUAUAUGGGCUGACCACAGGUUCUCUAGUCCUGAGGGGAAUUCACCUAGCUGGUCCGGGAGGGGGGAGUAUAGGGCAGCUCAGGGAUUUUAAACUUCGUGAACUCUAGAGAAGCCAAUAAAAUAGUCUCCUUAAGUCUACACUUAAUAUUUUUUCUGAAUUUCUUUUUUAUUGUGAACUGGGCAAGGAUCAGUAAACAUUUUUUAUAUUAAAAAAAAAAACCAAGAAACGAUGAUUAUAUAUGAAAUCAUGAGUCUCUGUUAUACUUAAAGUUGUAAUGGUUAAGCCCUUUUAUUUUUUUAUAGCUUUUUAUUUACAAGAUAUAUGCAUAGAUAAUUUUUCAGCAUUGACAAUUGCAAAUCCUUUUGUCCCAACUUUUCCUUCCUUCCCUCUACCUCCUCCCCCAGAUGGCAGGAUGACUAAUAUAUGUUAAAUAUGUUAAAGUAUAAAUUAAAUACAAUAUAAGUAUACAUGUCCUAACAGUUAUUUUGCUGUACAAAAAGAGUCAGACUUUGAAAUGGUAUACAAUUAGCCUGUGAAGGAAAUCAAAAGUGCAGGCAGACAAAAAUAGAGGGAUUGGGAAUUCUAUGUAGUGGUUCAUAGUCAUCUGCCAGAGUUCUUUCACUGGGUGUAGCUGGUUCAAUUCAUUACGAUUCUAUUGGAACUGAUUUGGUUCAUCUCAUUGCUGAGGAUGGCCAGGUCCAUCAGAAUUGAUCAUCAUAUAGUAUUGUUGUUGAAAGAUGUAAUGAUCUCCUGGUCCUGCUCAUUUCACUCAGCAUCAGUUCAUGUAAGUCUCUCCAGGCCUUUCUGAAAUCAUCCUAUUGGUCAUUUCUUACCAAACAAUAAUAUUCCAUAAUAUUCAUAUACCACAAUUUAUUCAGCCAUUCUCCAAUUGAUGGGCAUCCAUUCAGUUUCCAGUUUCUGGCCAUGUAGUGGUUAAGCCUUAAAAAAAUGGUAAUUACAUGAUCUAGGACUGAUUUAAGAAUGAAAGAAAUUUUUUCAGUACUUCCUGAAAUAUGUUGGCCAUUAGUUGGAUUGAAUAUCCCAUUGCAAAACCAAAUAGAGAAUUCAGUUUGUUCUUUAACCAACCUUUCCCUCUCCCAAUAAUAUAGGAGCUUCUGGACCAGCCUGUUUGGAUCUCACAUGGGAUGGGAAAAUUGUAUUUAGGGGUUUUAGAAUAAACAAUUCAAUUCA